AUGACAAAAAAUCGUCGUUUUCCAUUUGAACGUAAUCGAGAAAAAAUUUCAUUAGAAAAUUUUUCAACAACUGAACAACAAUUAUAUUCAAUAAUUCGACAAUAUGCAUCUAUUUGUCGACAUAAUAAUAUUGAAAAAUCUCAACAUUUACAACAGAAUAUGAUUUCUAAUGAAGAAAAUCAUCAAUUAAAUCAAUUAAUUAAUUAUUUAAAACAACAACGUGAUGUAGAUAUUGUAGAUAUAAAUAAUUUUUCUAAUUUACGUCAUCAUAAUAUUCAACAUUGGAAACAAGUUAAAUAUGAAUGGCAAAAAUAUUAUCGUGAAAAAAAUAAAGAACAACAAGAAAUAUUUGAUAGUGUCAUAAAAACUUAUCGUAGAUAA